AUGUCUCUUAACCAAAAUAAAUAUCCUGAGAAUAAUCCUUUUAUGUUUAAACAAAGCAACACUAAUUAUAAUUACCAUAUUAUUAAUAAAGGAUUUUAUCCAUCAAAUAGUAAAAUAUACUAUACUUCGGCACGUUCUCAUAGUGGAACUAAAUACAAAAUUCCAGAUAAUUAUUUAGUUCAAACUAGCUGGGGCAGAGGAAAAUCACAGCAUAUAAUAGAGUAUGAAAUUGAAUAUGAUUCGGAUGGGCCAGUUUUUAGGAUUAGGUUUAAUGAAAAUUCUCAACACUAUGUAAUAGAAUCAAAAGAGUCUUCAACUGCUGUUGCCAAUAAUUAUUUACAAGAUAUAUCUCUUACAACAACCAACGAAACACCUCAUAUAAGUAAUCAGGACAUUGAAGAAGAGAUUUCACAAUAUAUAUGCAAAGCAGACUAUAGACGAGUUAAUGACAUUUUGCUCUUCAUAAUUCCAGACAUUGUGGCUCGAAAUGUUCUUAAUGUAAAUAAUCCAGUAAUCAAUGUUCACAUAUCAGGUGAUGGAUGCAAUGUAGGUAGAAAAAUCAAACAUGUAAUGAUUACCUGUACAAUUUUGGAUGACAUUUCAAAUAUUCAUAAAGCUGAUUUACACUAUACAAUAAUUCUAUAUCUGGGAGGAGAAAACUAUGAAAUGUUACAAAAAAAAAUUAAACUAUAUUUUAGUAGCGAUUGGAAAUUUAUGGCUAUAAUGUUAGGAUUUAAUGCACCAAAUGCUACCUAUUUUUGUCCUUGGUGCUUAUGUACAAAAAAAGAAAUUGGCAACAAAGAUAAGAUGUAUAAGAUCGAAAAAAAUAUAAAUCAACUUAAGUCAGAAUUUUUUAAUGAUCGUAUUUCACAAACUUUAAAUCUACCACCACUUGGACAUCUUAAAGUUCCUCUUCUUCCUAUGAUUUCUCUGAAUCAUUAUGUACCUGACGAACUACAUAUAAUGUUGAGAAUCUGGGAUCGCCUUUGGGAAUUAGUAAUUCAAGAAUUAAAAUCAGAAAAUAGAUUCGAUAAUCAUGUUAGGGCAAUUAUCAAUGUGGAAAUGCAAAAGAUUUCAGUUGAUGAUAAAGAAAAGGUCUUAUGUGAUUUUAAUUUUGAGGUCAUUUUUGAUGAAGAACAAGCUAUAUUAAUUAAUCAUUUGUGGAGAGAUUUUUACACACUUUACAAGCUUAUAAAAGAUCGAGAAACUGAUCCUACUUUUUUCAUA